CCAGUCGGGCCGGUGCCGGCAGCACUCGCGGAUUCCGCGGCAGUUCAGGCGGCUGAGCGGACCUGGUAAGCGUUGGUUGCGGACAUGACGCCUGAGUUCCCAGAGGACUCCCAGCCGCUCUUGCGGCCGCUGGGCGAGAGCGCUCCUCGCAGCCGCCGCGUCUUCCUUGCCGCCUUCGCCGCUGCCCUGGGCCCGCUCAGCUUCGGCUUCGUUCUCGGCUACAGCUCCCCAGCUAUCCCGAGCCUGCGGCGGGCCGCGCCCCCAGCCCCACGCCUCGACAACGACGCCACCUCCUGGUUCGGGGCCAUCGUGACCUUGGGCGCCGCUGUGGGGGGCGUGCUGGGCGGCUGGCUCGUGGAUCGUGCCGGGCGCAAGCUGAGCCUCCUGCUCUGUACCGUGCCCUUCGUGGCCGGCUUUGCCAUCAUCACCGCGGCUCAGAACGUGUGGAUGCUGCUCGGAGGCCGCCUCCUCACCGGCCUGGCCUGCGGCGUUGCCUCGCUAGUGGCUCCGGCGGCAUCUGUGGAUGGUCACAGAAGUCUCACAGUAUGGCUUAGAUUCAUCCCUCAUUGUCACGCCGACCCGCUGACUGCAGUUCAGCAGGAAAAUCCUGUUCUGGUCUAUAUUUCGGAAAUUGCCUACCCCGAAGUGCGGGGCCUGCUCGGCUCCUGUGUGCAGCUGAUGGUUGUCACAGGCAUCCUCCUAGCCUACCUGGCGGGCUGGGUCCUCGAGUGGCGCUGGCUGGCCGUGCUGGGCAGCGUGCCCCCCACCUUCAUGCUGCUGCUCAUGGGCUGCAUGCCUGAGACCCCGCGCUUCUUGCUGACCCAGCACAAGCACCAGGAAGCCAUGGCCGCCAUGCAGUUCCUGUGGGGCUCCGAGCAGCGCUGGGAAGAGCCCCCAGUUGGGGCUGAGCACCAGGGCUUCCGCCUGGCCCAGCUGCGGCGUCCUGGGGUCUACAAGCCCUUCGUCAUCGGCGUCUCGCUGAUGGUCUUCCAGCAGCUGUCGGGCAUCAACGCCGUCAUGUUCUAUGCAGAGACCAUCUUUGAGGAGGCCAAGUUCAAGGAGAGCAGCCUGGCCUCGGUCAUCGUGGGUGUCAUCCAGGUGCUGUUCACGGCCGUGGCGGCCCUCGUCAUGGACAGAGCUGGCCGGAGGGUGCUCCUGACCCUGUCAGGUGUGGUCAUGGUGUUCAGUACCAGCGCCUUUGGCACCUACUUCAAGCUGACCCAGGACGGCCCCAGCAACUCCUCGCACGUGCACCUCUUGGCACCCGUCUCCAUGGAGCCCGCCGACGCCAGCGUGGGGCUGGCCUGGCUGGCGGUGGGCAGCGUGUGCCUCUUCAUCGCUGGCUUCGCCCUGGGCUGGGGGCCCAUCCCCUGGCUCCUCAUGUCUGAGAUCUUCCCUCUGCACGUCAAGGGCGUGGCCACCGGCGUCUGUGUCCUCACCAACUGGCUCAUGGCCUUUCUGGUGACAAAGGAGUUCAGCAGCCUCAUGGAGGUGCUCAGGCCCUACGGCGCCUUCUGGCUCGCCUCCGCCUUCUGCAUCUUCAGUGUCCUUUUCACUCUGGCCUGUGUCCCUGAAACCAAAGGGAAGACUCUGGAGCAGAUCACAGCCCAUUUUGAGGGGCGAUGACAGCCUCUCCCCGAGAGUGGCCACCCCUCUUAGCUGGACUUGGCUUUGGGCGGAGGGGAUAGAGCCUGCCUGUGACUCCGAACUGAGCCUCAGCUGGAGCCUGGAAUGCCUGCCCGUCUGCAGGGAGCCAGGACUGCAGCCCCUUGGAGCCUUGGCCUCUGGGGUCCCUCCUUCCUGCCCCCAUCUCCACAGCCCAGGGGAGCACGGGGACGAGGCUUCCAGCCCUGGCGUCCAGUUCCCGCUGCUGCUCUGUGACUCGGGAGGAGGGGACAUCUUGGAGGUGCUUUGCCGCCCUGUGGUCAGCCCCCCACGCGCUGGCUCCAUCGUGACACAAAAGUGACAAUGGAAAAGGGGAACUCUUGGUUCCUGGUUUUCUGGAGAAAAUGCUUUGGGAGGCUGGGUAACAGCCCACUGUUUCUCCUCUCACGUGGCUGAGUUCUCAGGAAGGAACUUUGCCAAAUAAAGAUUUGACUUAGAGAA